GACACUAGCUCCGCUACGUACCUUUCACGGCAAAGACAGUAAACAUUUCGGUCUAAAACGUUAAUUGUGUGCGUGCGUAGAGCUCUGUAGUUACGCUUAUAGAGUGUUGUGUGAGUUCCUAUAAAGACAUGCACACAUUGUUAAAAGUAACGCACACAAACAAAGGCCUAAGACAUUGUCUAAUACCUACUCUAAACUAAAUCCUUGACGCGACUACGACGCCCGAAGGUUCCCGAAUAGUUCCGAGUUUCGAAGAUUAUGCGACCACUUUAAAAAUUAGCAUUACUUAUGGCAAUGAGAGCAAAUACGAAACUAUUUUUUUUUGUCGAUUACCUUAGUUGGGCAGGUUCAUAGGGCAGGUUUGUUUACACUAGUUUACAGUUACAGUUUUUAUGCAUCCGGCCCGCCAUUGUUUAAAUCGUUUUGUUGUGUCGAUGUGAUAACGUGUGUCGGCGAAUAAAAAAAGUGUUUAAAUAGGAAUAAUUAACAAUAUAAUUGAAGAUUUAAGCUGUGAAAGUUGUACUGUGGUGUGUGUUAAGCAAUGAUAUUUCAAAGCUUUUUUUCAUUUAAAAAAAUUGGAGUUUGUUCAAAAAAUCAACCCGUUUUCGGAUAUUUGAGGUGGUUAAUCACCACGUCAUAAUUAACCCACUUUACAACGAAAUCAAUACCUAUGCAUGCAGCAGCAUUUUUGGGAGAUGGCGGGCGGCGUGCUGUGGUCGCGGCGGCUCGCGGCACGCAUGCGCAUGCUGCGCGGGCUCGUGCGCGACACGCGUCGCUCGCUGCGCGACGUCGCCGACGCACUGGAGCUAGAUAUUAGAGAUGUCUCCAGUCGCGUAGAAGAGAUAGGCGACUCCUCAGGCCGUCCCGCAGCCAUUGUAGUACUGGGUACCAGCGCUGCUGCGCGAGCUCGUUUGCUUCAUUGUCUUCUUGGCCGCCGACUUUUGCCUGAACCAGCGCCAACGCACUGCCGAUGGCUUCGGAUACAGUAUGGCAGCAGCACCCAAGUCCAUCUCACGCUGGGCAACUCGGAGUUUGAGCUGGUUGAAGACUUGGAGUGCAACAAGGCUCCCUGGGAAACAUUACCGCUUGAAGAUCUCAUCCGCCAAGACUCAACAGACUUCUCAACGAUGCUAGAAGUAGAACUCAACAUUCCAAUACUAAAAGACGGUCUCCGCAUCAUCGUCCCACCAGACUUAGACUCCGAAACUCAAGGGACCACCUUACCAAAACUCAAGCAAAAAUACUUAGAAAUUUACGAAAAACGCGAUGUGAUAUUAAAACUGUUCAAUCCUAUAUACUUAUACGCGAUAGAUAGGAUAGGCAAAAAUGUGUUCAGUGAUGAUAUAUCGAGUGAUAAUGUGGUGUGUUCGAAGAGUGAGGAGGACUUUUGGACUAUGUUCAGUAUGUACCAGUCACAUGAGAGUGAGAAGGAAUGCGUUGUGGAGAAGGUUAGAAAGUGGAAGGCUAGGGAUGGAGAUGAUUUUGCGCUGACGGCGGAGAACUGUCUAGAUCUCCACCAAAUAAAGGAGAUCAACCCGAACGCGCAAGUUAUGUUCACACUAUUCGCGGACAGCCCAGCCGGGGAACGGGUAGACCUUUGGUACGAUGCCACAGAAUCUACGGAAGAACCGUGCUGUUUGGGAGAACUGCCUGAAUCUGAUCAGGAGCUUGUAGAAGGUAUAAGGAGAAACUCAGACGAUUCUCCGAUAAGCAAAAGACUGACUGUAAGAUAUAGCGAUGAAAGACUGGAAAGACUGAGCGAGGAACGCGUUGCCUUCAUGAACGAGUUGUUAGACCAAUGGGAACUUAUGUUCCACCCGCCCCCAAAACACCAAACGAAAAGUCAAUGGCUAAUAGUUGACGAUGUCGAAAUACUACGAACCGUCGACAGCAAAACGACAGAGCGACAAGAAACCGACAGAGUCGUCAGCACUAGAACUGCUUUCAUAAACAGUGUUGUGUCAUUCGGGAGUGAUUGUCUACAGGACUAUUUGUUGGAGAAUAGUACUAAGCUUAGUGAGAUUCACGUGAAGUUGGUGCAGCAACUUAUAUUAUCGUCGUUCGAGUUAGCUCGAGAGUUGCAAGUAGUUCCUAAGAAGAUUCAGUAUGUCGCCGUUCAGGAGAAACAGCUUUUUGAGACUAUAUACCAGAAUUUCUCCGAAGGCGAUAAGAAGAGUGCUCUAGUCGAAAUGAUGCAGGAAGUCUUACAAGAGUUGAAGGAUGAAGUCAAUAACAUGGACUGGAGUAUAGACGAACUACCAUGCCACCUAGACACUCGCUACCUAAUGACCAGCAUGUCCAACUCAACACUACUCAGUCAGUCCGUCCGACCGCCUGGCUCCGAUUCCACAUCGGACGGCGAAGAAGCCGUCUCGUACGACAGUUGCAGUUUCGAUGAUUACGAUAUUAUACACAGUCAUAGCAGUUUGGGACUUAGUGUGUUUAGUAAAGACUCCGGUCAGUCGCCAGCCGAACGCAUUCCGAUAGCCAACGAGUCGGAAUUGUUCUCAUUACAAUUCAGUAGUACUUCGCAAUGUACUACAGGAGACUCGAUCUCUGUGAAACAGGCCUCUUUGGACGUUCAACGGACUGUUCUUUCGAAAUUGAGUCGUAAAAUAAGUCUGAAACUGGUGCCUUUCGUCGACUGUUUGAAGCAAACAUAUUUUGGUACACUACAGAGAUGUCUAGACGCCCUAGAAUCAACCUGCAGACAGGAAUUAGGCGGCAGACCAGCAAGCGAAGCAAUGAGGGAACUGCUCUCAGUAACUCGUCAAGUGGACUUGCAGCCUUGUGCUUCUUUCUCAACCCUUAGGACACUUCUAGAGGCUGCUAGAAGACUGUUUCAUAAACUGCGAAUCGUCGGAGGCGAUGAUGAUGGUCCAUGCUGCGUCAUUAGUCCAGUAUGGCGACGGCAAACUGCUCUCAGCUGUCAACAAUCACUGAGCGCUACUAAACUUGCUCGACUUAUCGCUACACAGAUUCUUGAACGACUUAGCGUUGCCCACGAGCGUUACCAAGCCGCCCUAACCUCCCUAGAAUCAGCCCUCGCCAGCCGCCUACAUCACACAGAAGACGUCAAACUAGCUAUUAGAAAGAAAUACGCGCCUACAUUCGCUCGGUUGUGUUUAGAAAGUACCUCAGUCUGUGAUCUACUUAUGUAUGGGACACCAGAAUUAGGAAGGGAGAUAGGGCGCGGUCAGUAUGGAGUAGUUUACGCGGCGCGAGGAGCUUGGGGCAAGCAUGAACCUGUCGCUGUGAAGUCUGUGCUGCCUGCUGAUGAGAGGCAUUAUAGAGAACUGGCUAUGGAAUUUUUCUACACGAGGAGCAUCCCCCCUCACCCCCGAAUCGUAGCUGUCCACGGCUCGAUAGUCCAACGUCGCGCCGGCGGAGCAUUAGGCGUCCUGCUCAUUUCCGAACGGAAAGAAAGAGACCUACAUGCCGCGGUGCGGGCAGGUCUACAUUACGCUGAGAGGAUGCGAAUAGCCUGCGAUAUUGUUGAAGGUAUCCGCUACCUUCACUCUCUAGGUCUGGUUCAUCGUGACAUCAAGAUGAAGAAUGUUCUUCUCGACUCCAAUAAUCGAGCAGCUUUGUCGGACCUUGGAUUCUGUGCCGCUGAGGCGCUCAUGUCUGGAUCUGUUGUGGGGACUCCGGUCCACAUGGCUCCAGAAUUGCUUGGCGGUGACUACGACGCAGCUGUAGACGUGUAUGCCUUCGGCAUUCUGUUCUGGUACCUCUGUGCCGGCAACGUGAGGCUUCCGGCAGCUUUCGAAGACUUUCAGAACAAGGAACAGCUCUGGACCAAAGUCAAAAGAGGACUCCGCCCGGAAAGGUUGUCGCACUUUACAGACGCGUGUUGGACGCUGAUGGAGACCUGUUGGACUCCUGAACCAGCCAGGAGGGCAUUGCUUGGAGAUAUACAGUUACAGCUUGAAGGCAUCCUACGUCACGCGCAAACGCACCCAGCGCCCUGUGUUAUUCCCGGCGCUGAUUCUGAUGACAGCCUCGAUAUGACGUUGCACUACCGGCCCAGUAUCGACUACACUGCACCAUGAUAUAACCCAGAAAUACAUUUCUAUUGUGAUUAUGCUAAUAUCGAAAGACAUAUUUUUAAAUUAAAGGAAAAGAGUCAAAGAGAGUAAAAGGAAAAGAGAGCUUCCAACUGCGCCACGGAUGCCUCCGUGGCGCAGUUGGAAGCGUGAUGGACCCGGCAAAGGUCGCAGGUUCGAGUCCUGUCGGAGGUGUGAAAUUUUCCAUUUUUCCUUUAAUUUAAAAAUGUGUAACAUCGCUUGCAGACGUUUCUGUAUGAUAAAAAACAAAAUAUCGAAAAGAAUUAUCCGAAAAGUUUUGCUUUAUAUAAAACUGUUCUCUGGAUAGCUCUGAUGUAUAGUAAAGGCAGAUUAAACAUGUAAAAUUGGGUAGCUCACGUGACGAAGGUCGCUCGACACAGUUUCGCUUCGUACCGAGGAGCAUUUUCAUUGAGCACUUGCGAUGCCGAUGGUAUCCCGACGCAGAUUGCAGGCCGCAGCUCGCUGCGACCGUUGGCGGAGCGGGCGAUGCGUAACUACCCUCACUUUCGGCAUAAUUGUCAUUUCUCGGCUGUGCGUUGAUAUGUAAGUCAGUCAGUCAGUCCUUCAGUUUCUUCUUUUACAUAUUUAGAUGAAACAUGUUUUGAACUUGAGACCUUUUGAAUUUUGAAGAAUGUCAUUUGGUAUCACUAAUGCACCAAAUAUCGACCAAGCUGUUCAAACGAUUACCAAAAUAUCACAUAUUCAUAUACGGGCCUUUUUUUUUUUUCAAAGUUGUCCCACCCCACUUUUUUGUAAGAUGGGUAUUUUUUACGCGAUUCAUACUCAGAAUCGCAAGAUCUUUCAAUCCUGAUAAGAGAAAAAAAAUGUCCCAGGA